UGCGCAGCGGCCGCGCUCCGCUGUACGAGGAGCAGCCCGACUGGACGCAGGGCCCCGAGGCAGAAGCCUUCUCUUCUUCUUGAUCCACAAUGGAACCCGUGGGCCAGCCCCUGCUGCUCGGUGUUAGCCUGGCCCUCACCGCCAUUGCCACCGAGGCUUCUAUAAGCAACGAGACCACACCCUCGUAUAAUGAGACUACGACAAAUUCGCCAGAUAGCAGCCCCACGAAGCCCCUGCUCAUCGGCAUCCUGGUACUGGUCUUAUUGUUCAUUCUCUCCGUCCUCCUCGCCAGCUACUUCUUCAGGUUCAGAAGGCAAAGGAAGGCAGUGGUCAGCUCCAAUGACAAGAAGAUCCCCAAUGGAAUCUUGGAAGAGCAAGAGCAGCAGAGAGUGAUGCUGCUGAGUCGCUCUCCAUCGGGGCCCAAGAAGUAUUUCCCCAUCCCCGUGGAGCAUCUGGAGGAUGAGAUCCGUGUCCGGUCAGCAGAUGAUUGUAAAAGAUUUCGAGAGGAGUUCAAUUCUUUACCUUCAGGACAUAUCCAAGGAACAUUUGAAAUGGCCAAUAAAGAAGAAAACAGAGAAAAGAACAGAUACCCCAACAUCCUCCCCAGUAAGACUUUCAGCUUUUUUUCCCCUCUUCUGCAUGCGUGAUGGGGUCACGGAGCCCAUCAUUUCCCCUGUGGUUGCUUCCCGCUCCCCCACCCCCCGCUCUGGGCUGGACCCAUCCCAUAUGCAAUCAGCAGGAGUGACGUCUGCCAUGUACAGAUAACAGUUAUCACAGUGAGCAAGCUGUCUUCUGGGCAUCCGUGGCUGGGGGACCUCUGGGCUAAGGCCCCUGCCCUGAGGCUGGUGUGGUGACCCAGCCGGCCAGCCACACCAGGAAGCUUGUCCUGGGUCAACUUCAGGAGGCCACCUCUGGAGGUCCGGGGGUGCCCUCAGCCCUGCCAGGGAGGCCUCUCCCCUGGCCUCUCUUGACCCAGAGUUAUGGGCAGCAAAGGGGAGAUGGGAGCUGAUGGGGAGGCCAGAGGGUGU